AUGUCUACUAUGCGAGCAGUCGUCGCGCAUACGGCUGGACCUCCCGACGUCCUUCGAGUCAUCCAAUAUCCCAUUCCUCAACCCAGUCCUGGACAAAUCCGGAUCAAAGUCAAGGCAUUCGGACUUAAUCGCUCCGAGAUGUUCACUCGGCAGGGUCACUCUGGUUCUGCGGUUCAGUUUCCCCGCAUUCUCGGCAUUGAAGCCGUGGGUAUAGUCGACGCCGCUCCAGGACUGGAAGAUAGGUUUCCGCUCGGAGCUACCGUGGCCACAGCCAUGGGUGGGAUGGGCCGAGCCUUCGAUGGGGGAUAUGCAGAGUACACAUGUGUACCGGCAAAGCAGGUACAGGUACUGAAGACGAAGCUGCCUUGGGACGUGCUGGGGGCGCUGCCAGAGAUGCUGCAGACGGCUUGGGGGUCAUUGAUCAGGUCACUCACCUUGAGACCCAAAGAUAGGUUGUUGAUUCGCGGGGGAACGUCCUCGGUGGGCCUAGCAGCAGCGGCCAUUGCUAAGAAACAUGGGGCGUUUGUGGCGUCGACGACCAGGAACAAGGAAAGGGAGGUGUUAUUACGGGAUUACGGAGUGGACGAGGUGUGGAUUGAUAACGGGGCCAUUGCUCAACAGAUUGCCGAAACAUCGGGCCAAUGUUUCGACAAGGUGCUAGAGCUUGUGGGAACGGCGACGUUGGCUGAUUCACUGCGUUGCGUGAAGAAGGGAGGCGUUGUUUCUAUGACAGGGAUUUUGGGGAACGAGUGGCACCUGGAGAAAAUCAAUCCAAUGGAAUUGAUCCCAAGUGAGUCGAAAUUGACGGUAUAUUCUGGAGGGGAUGAGGACUUCAUGGGAACGCCUCUGAGAGACCUGGUCAAGAUGGUUGAGGAGGGGAAGCUCCAGAUCCGGGUGGGACGCGUAUUUAAAAUGGAGGACAUUGCGGAGGCUCAUCGGUGUAUGGAAGAAAGUGAGGUGGGAGGGAAGAUUGUAGUGAUUCCAUAG